AUGAAGCUCCUCUUAGCAGCUGCACUCUUUGUACUCUACACCUUUGACUCUGCUGACUCUUCAGCUUAUGACAAAAUUCUUACCCACAGUCGCAUCAGGGCAAAAAAAGAAGGACCCAAUGUCUGUGCCCUCCAGCAAGUUAUGGGGACCAAGAAGAAGUAUUUCAGCACUUGCCGCAAUUGGUACCAUGGAGCCAUCUGUGGAAAGAAAGCAACUGUGCUUUAUGAGUGCUGCCCAGGCUAUAUCAAGCUGGACGGCAUGCGUGGUUGUCCUGCAGUUGCCCCGAUCGACCAUGUUUACGGGAGCUUGGGUAUAGUGAAAGCGUCAUCAACUCAAAAGUAUGCAGACAUUUCUAAAGUGAGACCUGAGAUUGAGGGAUCUGGAUCUUUCACUUUCUUUGCUCCCAGCAACGAAGCCUGGGAGCUGUUGGACGAGGAUGUGAGGAAUGCGCUGGUUAGCAAUGUCAACAUUGAACUGUACAAUGCUCUGCAUUAUCACAUGGCCAACAAACGUCUUCUUACCAAAGAUUUGAAAAAUGGAAUGACAAUCACCUCCAUGUACAAUGACCUUGAUCUCCACAUAAACCAUUAUUCCAAUGGGGUGGUGACUGUAAACUGUGCUAGGAUAAUCUCUGGAAACCAGAUUGCCACCAAUGGAGUGGUGCACGUCAUUGACCGUGUCAUUAGUGCAAUUGGUAACAGCAUGCAGGAUGUCAUUGAGGUGGAGGAUGACUUGACUACUCUGUCUGACCUUGCCCAAACCAGUGGAUUGUUGGAGAAACUGGGUCAGCCGGGACAUUACACUCUUUUUGCCCCCACCAACGACGCUUUUGAUAAACUAGGCAGUGAUGUCUUAGAAAGACUUCAGAGUGAUAAAGAGGUCCUCAAAGCUCUUCUGAGUUUCCAUCUCCUGGACUCAGUCCAGUGCUCUGAAGCCAUCAUGGUUGGAAGCUCGUAUGAGACCCUGGAGGGAAACAGCAUCGAAAUUGGCUGCGACGGGGACAGCUUGACAGUGAACGGAGUCAAAAUGGUUCUGAAAAAAGACAUUGUUACUAAAAACGGUGUCAUUCAUCUCAUUGACCAAGUACUCCUUCCAGACUCUGCCAAGCAGGUCAUGGAACUGUUGGGAAGUUCCCAGUCAACCUUUGGUGACAUGAUUUCUGAGCUGGGCAUUUCUACCAGCAUGGCGUCGGACGCUGAGUACACCUUCUUGGCUCCUCUCAAUGAUGUGUUCACUGAUGAAGUCAUGUCUAUAGAUCAAGAUGAUCUCAGGGUUAUCCUGGAGAACCACGUCUUUAAGAAUAAGAUCAUGCUGGGACAACUGUACAACGGCCAGCUGCUGGAGACCAUUGCAGGAAAAACCCUCAGGGUCUUUAUCUAUCGCACGGCUGUGUGCAUCGAGAAUUCUUGUCUGAUCCGAGGAACUAAAGAGGGAGCCAAUGGGGCCCUUCAUCUCAUGAAGACUCUGCUGAAACCUGCAGCCAAAACAAUGUUUGAGAUUCUGAAACAAAAUGGAAAUUUUAAGAUCUUUUUGUCUCUGAUGGAAGCCGCUGGGUUGACUGACGUGCUGAGGCAGGAGGGAAGCUUCACUCUUUUUGCCCCAAGUGAUAAGGCAUUUGCCAGCCUGGCCACUAGAGAUCUUGAGUUGCUGAAGAGUAAUAAGAACGCCCUAAAAACCAUCCUUUUGUAUCACCUCACAAAUGCUGUGUUUGUCAGUGGGGGACUGGAGGUUGGAGUGACUAACCUUCUGAAGUCUCUGCAAGGCAGCAGCCUCAAGCUGAUUUUUGCAAACAGCACUACCCAAGUCAAUUCUGUCAAAGUCCCAGAAGCUGACAUCAUGGCCACAAAUGGUGUGGUUCACUUUGUCAACCAGGUUCUGUACCCCGAAGAUAUGCCUGUGGGAAGCCAGGAUCUGCUCAUGGUGCUGAGGAAGCUUGUUACAUACAUACAAGUAAAGUACAUUGCAGGUUUCAAAUAUCAGGAAAUACCACUGACCUUUAUGAAGACGAUUGUGACACAUGUUGUCAAGGAAGGUGAACCCAGCACCAUCAUGACCACCAGGGUUGUUAAAAGUGGAUCUAAACCCAGGCUUUUUAAGGAGGAAGCCUUUAGCACAGGCAGAGUCACAGGUGGCCUAAGGCACACAGGCGGGGUUCCACGACCAACAAGCUAAAAAAUAUUAAGAAGAACUCCUCCUCGAAGGGUUUUAGGUGACGUAGGAGAAGAAGAGCCUUGGUUCUGAGCAUGGACACAUGAGGAGAUCCGUCUUAAAAUGGAGGAGACAGACGUCGAAAUCAAUGGUUGAAACUUGUGUUGUAAUGCUUGUCUACCCAAAGUGUCAGACUUUAAAUACAAUGUCCUGCCUGUAACUGAUAAAAAAGAAAAAUCCAUCAGUACGCAUUUCCAAUGGUGCUACAAUUGUAUAUAUAUACUGUAUAUUAUUGAAUGUUUAACUUCACUGCAUGCUACCUGCUCCAGUGAAUAAUUUCCAUCAACUUUUUCAAACUUUUGCUUGAUAAAAUUUUGAAAAAGAAGACUUUAAAUUUCAUCAUUACAAUACCACAUAUGUUUUCAUAUUGUUUUGUUUUCAGUCCUCUCUGUAAGACAUUUUUAAGUGUAAUCGUUGUUCUAAUCAGGCAAUUGCAUCAUUUAGGUCAAGGUCAAAUGUUGAAGAUGAUUGCAUCUAUUUUACAGGCGUUCUCCAAUAAAGUGCUUUCAAAGAGA